GCUGCACAACUUUUGACUACUGACUUUGACUAUUGACUUUUAUUGUUUUCUUAGGAAAUAUUGUUUUCUUUAGGUCUCUCUUAGAGAGAACCGGAGCAAUGAACGCAACCACAGAUCAACUCAGUACACCGGACAAUUAUCAGGAAGCUUUCGCCAAAAAUAUUGUUAUCGUUUUUCUUGGUUUGAUCAUUAUCUUCAUCAAUGGAAUGUUUGUCUUCACUUUUUCACGCUACCCUGUGUUUCACAAUGACCCCAGAUAUAUUUUAUACAUUAACCUUGUCAUUAAUGACAUUAUGAUGAUUUGCAUAUCAGUCACUCUGUAUGUUUUGACGUACGCCUGGCCUUAUGUCAAUGUGUCGUUUUGUUGUGUUCUGAUAACACUAGGAUCCACUACUUAUAUAAACACACCGUUGAAUUUGGCUGGCAUGGCAAUUGAACGGUACAUUGCUGUUUGUAAACCACUGCACCACUCUCAGAUCUGCACUGUCCAGAGGACCUACAUUCUCAUCUGUGUGAUUUGGGGAGUCGGAGCAAUUCCUGCAAUCAUAGACAUUAUCAUUGUGAUUGCAUUGCAGCCCAGUUCAUUUUUUAACUCUCUUACCUACUGCCAGCCAUUUAUUGUAUUCAACACAAAGUACCACAUUCAAAAGACCAUCGCUACACAGGUGCUUUACCUGUCUGUUGUGUGGAUAACUCUGUUAUACACUUACUUCAGAGUUCUGUUCACAGCUAAAAUAGCCUCUUCGGGCCAAUACCAAAGUUCAGUUAAAAAGGCUCGCAAUACUAUUCUGCUACACGGCGGUCAGUUACUUCUCUGCAUGCUCUCUUAUUUAACUCCUGUGUUGGACAUGCUGCUCAUUCCAUUUUUCCCAACUCAUCGAACUAAGAUCACCUUCUUCAACUAUCUCCUCACAAACAUUUUGCCAAGACUCCUGAGUCCACUCAUUUAUGGAGUUCGAGACCAGAAGUUUGUGAAACACAUCAAAGGCUACUUUUUCUGUAAAGUGCUCAUUUCAAAGGUUGUACCAUCAUCAGCUAAGAGACAGUUGUAAAGUAAUGCAUUAAGAGACACGUUUACAGUUUUAUUUUGAUAAUUACUUUGUAUCAUGAUGUUAAAAUGAUUUUAUAUAUGUUUCAAAUGGUAGUGUACCGUUUUAUGUAAUGGGUUGAUCAUGUGUAGUUGAUAAUGAAAGUGUACAUUAGUCACAAAAACACACUCUUGCUCAUUGUAAUACACAUUUACUAUUCUGUCCCUAAUUUAACAAUCUGUGGAAAAAUAAAAACAAAAGAACUGCUUACUGCACAUUUUUUAGGUUAAUCAAUAUCAAAAGUUAUUUUUUCAUAACAAUAUGUUUAAAAUAGGAGGAUUUGUUUCUUUUUUGCACAAAAUAGGGGUACACACAAUGGUCAUUACCACAUUUUAGCCAAAAAACACAAUAUCAUCUUGUUACUUACAUUUCAUUUAAUAACUUCUCUGCAUGUUCUUAUAUUGUGCUGAAUUAUGGUGCUUAUUCAUUUUCCAUUUUUAAUUCCAUUAAAAUAAAUGUUUAACAUAAAACUGUGUACUCACAAACAUUUUGCAUCUACUUGUGGAGUUUAAGACCAAAUCAAAUGUUAUCUGUAAAUCUG